UAAACAUAAAAAAAUACUACACAAGUCCACAAGUGUCAACAACAAAUUUUAGCAUCUAACCUUACAAAAACAUUUCUGUACAUUUUUUUAAAUUAUAGUAUGGCAUUCAAAUUUUUAGAUUUAGCUUCAUUAUUUUUAUAAAAUAUGGACAAAGACAGUGAUCAUGAUAAAACAUCAUUCUGGAAGAAAAAUGCUCGAACUGUACCUGGAAGGCCCAGUCCCAAAAAAGAUGUAAAGCCUCCUUCUAAGUCUAAACAAAGUGGAAGUACAUCUUUCCAGGAUUUUCAAGCAUCAGUAAGUGAUGCUUGGGAAAUAGAUGAUGAUGACUUCUGCAUCAUUUCGGGCCUUGAGAGUACUAAGAUUUCCAAAAAGGUAUCCCAAUCUGCCGCCAUAAAUGUUUUGAACAGCCAUCGUUUUAUAACUGAUUCUGGUUUACCUGAAAAACCUGUUAGCUUUAUUAAUCCAUCUACUUCUGAUAACGUGGAAUCAACAAGGUAUAGUCCUAUUCCAGGUAGACCAAAGCAAAUGAGAUGUAGAAAUACACCACAAGAUGAGGACAGUGAAUCAAAGUUGAAACGAUUUGAGAUAUACUUGUCGAAUACACCAACACUACAAGGAUUGUGUGAACUCAGUUGGUCAGGCAUUCCUGUAAAAGUGAGACCCAUUGUGUGGCGAUUGUUGUCAGGAUAUCUUCCAAUGAAUUUGGAACGGCGUAACAAUGUGCUAGAACGCAAAAGACAAGAUUAUUGGAGUUUAGUGGACAAAUACUACUAUGCAGAUCAUGAUGAAAAUGAGAGAGAUAUUAAACAUCAAAUAAACAUUGAUGUGCCUAGAAUGAAUCCCACAGUCCCUUUAUUUCAACAAAAGACUGUCCAAGCAAUAUUUGAACGUAUACUAUUCAUUUGGUCGACACGACAUCCUGCCUCUGGUUAUGUACAGGGUAUAAAUGAUUUAGUAACUCCAUUCUAUGUUGUGUUCUUGCAAGAAUAUAUACCGAAUAACCAAGCCUUCGAAACUUUUAAAGUCGACACACUCAGCGAAGAGGCAUUAAAAAUAAUCGAGGCCGAUUCAUUUUGGUGCUUAUCAAAGUUUUUGGACGGAAUUCAGGACAAUUAUGUGUUUGCUCAAAUUGGCAUUCAAAAGAAAGUUCUCCAACUUGAAGAGUUGAUAACCAGAGUGGAUGAAACCUUACAUCGUCACUUGAAAUCACACAAUGUCAGUUACUUGCAGUUUUCAUUCAGAUGGCUUAAUAAUCUUUUAACCCGUGAGCUUCCUUUAAGAUGUACCAUAAGAUUGUGGGAUACCUAUCUAGCAGAAAGUGAUAAUUUUGCUUCUUUUCAAUUGUAUGUUUGUGCAGCUUUCCUGUUAUACUGGAAGGAAGAUUUGAUGCACCAAAACGACUUUCAGGGACUUUUGAUAUUAUUACAAAAUUUACCUACUCAAGUUUGGUCUAGUUCUCAAGUUAGUUUAUUGGUAGCUGAGGCAUACAAAUUGAAGUAUGUGUUUGCAGAUGCUCCAAAUCAUCUUCAAAGUAAUAGAUCAGAAAGUUGACUAGUUUAGUUGUAUGUUUUUUAAUUCAAAUUUUUUUAUGAGUUUUGUUAUGUGAAUAAUGAACUUGAAAUAUUUUUAUAUAUCUAUAUGCAAAUGUGAUUCAAGAUAUUUACUCAAAUAAAGUUACAUUUGAAUUGGAAUUUCUACUUGUUGGCGAAAAAACAUGCUCAAACUCAAAAUAAGACCAAAUAUCAGGCAUUCUCUUACUAAUGAUAGGUUAAAUUGGAAUAAUUUCAAAAGUAUCCAUUGUAAAAUGAAAAGUACUUUGUUAAUGGGAAUGUAACCUUUUAUGUCACAAGCCGAAUACCCAUUCCAAAUUUCACGAAAAUCGUACUAGUAGAAUGUGAGAUAUGAAUAUACAGGAAUAUUAUAUUUUUGCAUACUUA